GACAAAUGUCAGCUUCCAUCAUGUGUCUUUUAUAGUAUUUUGUGAUUAUUAAUUAUUUGUUACACUGAAAUUCAAAAAUUGUGUGCAAAAAAAAAUUGCUCUGAAUCCAUGACAACAUUACUGCUUCUUGAAAAAGUUAAUGUCAUAUGUUCAUAUAAGAAAUCUAAAGCUUCGAUCAUUUGAUUAAACUGAUAUGUAUCAAGGCUCUGAUUGGGGUACAGCUUGUCAGUCAAAUUUUUCAACACUGGUCAGGCUCAGGCAGUGUAUAGUAUGUGUGGUGCAUUAUUUAAGCAACUUAAAAAUGACCUUAACAUGACACACAGUCAUUCAGUAUUAAAACCAUGAGGAAGCACAUGGGGAACGGUGAAAGCGCAUGUACUGAUUCAUCAGUUUCUCAAGACAACAAGAUUUAAAAAAAAAACAAAGGGGGUUAGGCUUUAAAAUAUACACAUUUACAAAACUUCCCUUUUUGGAAGGUUUCGCAUUACUUCACAGCCAUGGAGAUGAUAUAAAGAAACAACAAGAAAACAAAAAAGGUUUUAUUUCAUUUUUCAGUAAUGAAUGUGCAAAUUUAUAAUUAGAUUUUCAAUGUACAUAUUGUGAUUUUAUAAAAUUGUAUGAAAGCCUAUCAGUCUUAGGAAAGAAGACAUGUUCCUCUGCAAUGAGUGAGGAAACUUCCUUAAACUGUUACACAAACAGGAAAGAAAUAGAAAAUAGAAAGGGAGGAGAGGAGGAGUUAGUUCAUAGCAGAAACUUUCAGUAGGGAUCACUGUGGACAGAACGAGGCUGAAAGAGUGUAAAGUUUGUCCUGUGGAGGGAGAGACUGUCUGAAGUAUCAAUCAAGAUGUUUGUUCUCAUCUGGGCAACUCUGCUUUUAUCUGAUUCAGGUGUAUCAGUGUGGGGAAGACAAAACUGUGACGGUUCAUACUGUAUCACUCUGACUGAUGGAGAAAUAACAGCUGAGGCUGGACUCUGUGUUGUGAUACCGUGCUCUUUCACUACUUCUUAUUGGUUCACACCCCAAAAUUUAGUUUGGUACAAAUGUGAACCACCUGAAAGAAGAUGUGGUGAUUCAGACAUAAUAUUCCACACUAACAAGUCCAACAGAAAAGUUCAGCCUGAGUUUAGUGGACGAGUGUCACUGUUGGAGCCUGAUGUGAGUUUUAAAAACUGCAGCAUCAUCAUCAAUGACCUCAGGGAGGCAGACUCUGGAUCAUAUCAACUCAGAGUCAAUGGUGUCCUGAAUGGAAGGCCAGAUAGAUUUUUAUUCUAUACAAGAGCAACUCUCUCCAUUAAAGGAAUGAGUCAGAAGCCCACAGUGAUGAUUCCACCUCUGACAGCGGGACAGCAGUCCACCCUGACCUGCACUGCUCCUGGUCUCUGCUCUGGAUCUGAUCCUAAAAUCACCUGGAUGUGGAGCAGAGCAGGAGAGAAGGACUCUCACAUUACAGAAAAUAUCACUGACUUCAAGACUGAGAAUGUGACUGCUGUCACACAGAGACACAGCUCAACUUUGACCUUUAACUCCUCAGCUGAACACCACAGCACCAAUGUCACCUGUCAGGUCAGCUUCAGAGGAGACGUGACUACAGAAGAGACAGUGACUCUGAGUGUGACCUAUGUGAAGGAAGUUAAAAUCACUGGGAAUACAAGUGUGAAGGAGGGUGAGACUCUGAAUCUGACCUGCAGUGUUGAAAGUUUCCCUCCAUCAUUUAUCAAGUGGAUGAAAUUUUCUGAGCAAAACAUUCAAAAUGGAACAGAAACCAAUGUGUGGAACGACACUGAAACCUACCUGCAGGAAGAAAGUGGAAUGGCCACUCUUUCUAUCUCUAAUGCGACAGCAGAAGACUCUGGACAGUACAUCUGCACAGCAAAACAUCUGAACAACACCUUGGAGGAAAGUGUUGAUGUAACAGUGAUGUAUAUGAGAGAAGCUGUGAUCACUGGGAACACAACUGUUCAGAAAGGAGAUGUUCUGAAUCUGACCUGCAGUGUUGAAAGUUUCCCUCCAUCUCUUAUUACAUGGAUUAAACUUGGCUUCAACACAAAACUGCACAAUGGAACUGAACUGAAAAAUGACACUGGAUCAGCUACACUUAUCAUCUCUGAUGUGACAGCAGAACAUUCUGGACAGUACAUCUGUACAGCAAAACACCUGGACACAACUGUGAGAGUAAGAGCUGAUGUAACUGUGACUUGGUUUUUAAAGAUCUCAAACAACUCUGGAUGUGAGCUUCGGUCGGAGGUCCUGACCUGUGUGUGUAUCAGUGAGGGGUUUCCUUUACCCACCAUCAAAUGGCCGCUGUUGAAGACUCAGGCUGAGUACUCAGUCAUUACCACUGUGUCAAACUACACAGUCAACAGCACUGUCAUCCUAACUGCAAAUGACCACCGUAACAGUUCUGUUGAGUGUGUCAGCAGCAAUGAGAAUGGGGAAGCAAAAGAAAACCUCACCACCCGAACAAACUUGUCUGAACAAGAUGAUCAAUACAAAAAAGUAUUAAAAAUUGCUACCCGGCUGGAAACCAUCAUUGCCUUUUUCAUUGGUGUACUUCUUUCAACAAUCAUUUGCUGUUUGGCAAAAAAAUUCUACAGAAAAAAACAGAAGAGUUCUGGAAAUCUGGAUGAGACUCUGGAGAUGGUGACCAAUCAAGAGGAUCCAUUGGUAUAUGAUGGUCAAAUGGUAGAAGACGAUCAGACCCAGGACCCAGAGGCACCUGAAGAUGGAACUGUGGCAGCAGAGAAAACAGCCCCUGAACUUGACAGUGAGCUAAAAGAUGUGGAGUACGCCAGCAUCGAUUUCUCACUGUUGAAAAGAAAGAGUCCCCGGGUGGCAACAGAAAAGCAAGAAACCACAGAGACGGAAUAUGCUGAAAUUAAAAAAGAAGUGAAAGAGGAAAGAGAAGAUGAUGGUGGACAGAAAGGUGAAGUGUUGGAGAGCAAAGAGGAGGCCAUUAUAGAAGAGGAUGAGGAGACACAAUGUUGUGUCUCAGAAGAGGAGGAAGGGGAAGACAUGGCAGUGUACUCAAAUGUCAGGGAUAUAAUGGGUGAGAUGUAAGGAUUGUGUCAUAUUUUGGAGCUGCUGGAGGACAAAGUUACUAAAAGUUGGACUGGAAGUUGAGCAGAAUUUCCUUAUUCAAGUGUUACUGUGCUUUAGUAUGUUGUGACCUUUUAGAUGGGCCAAUUGGUGUGUUAAUGUCAGUCAAUCCACCACCUUGGUUCAAACAAAAAUAUCUCAACUAUUGAACAUAUUGCCUUGAAACUUUGUUUCCUUCUAGGGAACUGGAAUAAUGUUGUGAAUUGUAAUAAGUUUGGUAUUUUGUAUUGGUACUCAACCUCUACUGUAAUUUGUGUUUAUUCCUCAUUAACAUGUUAGCAGGCUAACAUGCUAACCAAAAAUGGUGAAUAUAGCAAACAUUAUCCAUAUAAACAUCAGUAUGUUAGCACUUUCAUUGUUAGCAUGCUGACAUUAGCCUUUGGCUAAUGAGCCAUGAGCAUGACUGUAGACUCCUUAAUCUUGUUCAAAUUUUAUUUGGAGAUUGUGCUUUGGAGCUCUGAUUGGCAGCAGAGGGAUAACAUGAAGAACAAAUUUUAUACUAAACAGACAGUAAAGUGACAUUUUAGUUGCAGUAAGUUUUGAAAUAUACUGCAAGUGAAAUGCCACUUAUGUGUGAUAUAUAUAUAUCUUAAUCUUGUCUGUUUUUUUUUUCAUUUGUUUGUUUUUGAGCCGAUCAACAGUUUGGACCACUUUGCUUCUAUAGCUCUGUAAAUGCUUUUCCUCUUCAACAACUUAGAGAUUACGUCCCCUUUUGAAAAAUGUGUUGCAUGAACGAGCCUGAUUCAUAGAGUGAACGGUUUUUGUUUUGUUUAUUUUGAACAGAAAACACAUAGUAACAGGACAGCUACAGUUUGUAGUUAAAAUAGUUAUACUGUGGCCUUGAAUGUGUGAAAAGGAAGUUAUUGAAGAAUAGAGUGAUGCCAAAUUAGGCAAUGAAUAAUAACUUUUUUUUUCUUUUCUGAGAAACACAGCUGUGAACAAGACUUUGCACAAUAAACCAUAAAAAAAUAACAACAUAUAACAAAUGUAGAGGUUCUUUUUAUCUCAUCACUAAUCAGUGAGAGGAGUUGUCUGUUAGCAUACAUGAAUGAACUCAAAUGCUCAAGCUAAUGGCUAUAUUUGACAAUCAUUAUCACGAUGUAACUGGCUUCUUAAGAUGACAACGUUUUUUAAACAUAUGUAUGGUAUUUCCUUUUUUUCCCCCAAAAGUGUUUCACCCUUUUAGAGUUUCGAAGGUCUUGACAGACAUGACAAAUGUUGUUUAAUUUCAUUGUUGAAUGUUAAACAUUCCCAGUUUGAUAUCUUAUAUAUAAUGUGAUAUUUAAAGGUUUUAGCUUUUAAGUGUUGUAGUCUAAAUGAGAGAGGAAGUACUGGCCUGCAGUGUGAAUAGAUACUUCCUGGAAACUUCUUGUAGUGCAAAGAAGGAACAAGUAAGUAAUAACAUUUUUAUUUCAAAGCUGUUUUUGAGCUGUUGAGUACAGUUUACACAUUUUCAUAUUAGCAGCAGCAGCAGCAGCAUGUGCUAAAAUCCUUUAUAUUAAUUUUUACCCCCAUGACCCUCAUUGCCCC